GUUUACCAUAUCUAAAACAACUUCCGGUAGAUUUGGAAGAUUAUUUUUGUAUUGUCAAAGUCAACAAUGUAAAUGACAAGGCAAAAUCAACUUUCUGCAUGGUUGAUACACAAGUAUAAAGUAGUAAAGAAGGAUGAGAAUUUAGAAAUAAGAACUGACCAGAUUUAGUUGGUCAGUAAAUUACACUUAAGAUGAGCAGUACUGAUUCAAACAAUGUGCCAUAUCAUAUAGUGACAGAAAAUAUAACCGAACAUACCACAGUAUUGACAGAGCAUCAUUCCACAUCAUCUAGUCAUGUCUUAGCUUAUGUUCUAGUUCCUGUAGGAUCUGUGAUCCUUGUUGCACUGUUAGCUCUCAUUGCAGUUAUAAUUUUCAGGAAAAACAGAAUGGAUAAGUUGAGACAUCAUUUAAUGCCUAUGUAUAGCUUUGACCCCAAUGAAGAUGCUGACUGGGAAUCAGAACUGUUAGAAGAUCAGGAUAACGAACAGCGUUUAGCACUUAGGAUAGAGACUCCAAGUCCAGAUGCUGCCCCAAUUUAUAAGUUUGGGACCAAAAGAAAGUAAUGAAUAAUCACUUGCUAAAAGUUAGUACAAGUUCACAACAUUUCCUGGAGAACUGAAAACAUUUUUUAAAUUUAUUUAGAAGAAAUGAUAAUUUCUUCCAUUGUAUAAUAAUCACAAGUAUUUAAUUGUUAAAUUCUGUUUUAUUUGUUACUGUUAAGUUUCUAAAGAGAGUCACUAGUUAUUUUUAAAGUGUAUCUUCAUGGUGUGUUUAUUAAUUUUACAGUAUUUUAAUGAUAUAAUAUUACACUUGUUUGAAUCUCAUUUUAUUUUGCUUUUUAUAACCAUAUUUAUUUUUUUUUCAAUGUUUUGCCAAUAUGAUAUUUAUAUAAAUGGACAAACUAUAUUUUUAGUAUUUUUACUUAAUAUGUUCUUUUCUGAAUUUGAUUAAAAUAUUUUUUGUGGUCAUUUUCAGAUAACCGAAAACCUCAUCAUUUAAAUAUCUGAAAAGUCUAUUGGGCAUUGAAAGUAUUUUUACAAAUUGUGAUUUAAAUAAUGUCUUGCACAAACUAGGUGAUAUAGUGAUAUAGUGAGGUGAAAGUGACAUUUUUUUCUAAUUAUUCCUUAUUUAUGUGAAAAAGAAUGCUAUAAUUACAUAGAUGACAAAAAUUAACAAAAAACUAAAGCAGUACCAAAUUCUUCUGUUUUGCAUAUUUUAAAUAAUUAUUUAGCCCUUGAUAGUUUAUGCACUUGGAUCAAAUAAUGAGUGGUGUUGGUUAUAAUUUUAUGUGUGCAUUUUGUCAGUGCUUUUUACCUUCAGAAUAAAGUCAAAUAUUUUCUAAAAACACAAAGCUUUAUUAUUUAUCUUAUAAUUCGGGGUCAUCAUAAAUAUGCUUGAAAUACACGCCACUGGGCAUUAAGAUACCAACAAUCGUCACAUUUUGUGUUGUCUUCUUACUUUUAUGGGAUUUUUAAGUAUAUAAAGUAUGAAUAAAAGAGUUAUGAUGAAAUUUGAGCAUAACACUUAUUACUAGAGCCUUACCUCAAUCCUUGCAACAUUUGUUUGUUAUUUUUUUCUUAAAUGACAGAAGUUUGAUGACCUGAAGCAAACAUUUGAAACAAAAUUUAAACAUAUUAUUAAAGUUAUCUGACAAACUAAUGUCUUGUUAGGAUCUAAAGGAUGUUAUUUCAUCCAUUUAUAUGUUUCAGAGUCUAGUGUGGCGUCCAUUUCGCUGAACUAAUAUACAUUAUUGUGUAGGGGCCAGCUGAAGCCCACCUUCACGUGGAGGAUUUUCACACUUCGAUGAAGACCCAUUUGUGGCCUUGGGCUGUAUGCUGCUCUUUGGUCAGGUUGUUGUCUCUUUGACACAGUCCCCGUUUCCAUUCUCAAUUCUAUUUGUGAUUUUCAAAUAAAAGCAGCUAGUAAGUAACCUAAACAUACAGUAUCCUUUGAUAGCUGAGAUAAUAUGCAGGCGUAGUAAAUUGGUUUUAUACUCGCAGAACUAUUUUGAUCUGAAUAUGAUUGUUAAUGUUUGAUGAUUAAAAACUGUAUGGCAUGUCAAUAUGUUAAGGGCUCUUCCAGAAUUAACACAUUGCGGCACUGAAGGUACCUUUUUUUUUUAGACCCCAACCACCCGUAAUAUAAAUUUUUUGUUACUAUUCUUACAAAAUUUUAAGGAAAUUGCAACCACCCACAAUUAAUUAAUUUCAGUGUCUCACAUCCCUUUCAUCACAAUUUUUGCACAAUCCUAAUUUACUGACUGAGUGUAACUUGAUUGGAUAUUAAACAAAAGGAGAUAGGGGGGGGGGGGGGGGGGCAUGCAUGUGGUUACAGGCAUUUUUCUGUAAGAAUGAUAUUUUAUUUAUAGAUGCAAAUGAUAACAAGUUUGAUUUUAUUAGUAAGAAUAGGCUACAUUUAAGUACUGCAUAAUUGAAGACAUGUAGUGUUUUAAUAAAGAAAAAGAUUACAAAUGAU